GACUUCAUUGAGAGGUAGAAAGCAGAGGGAAGAAUCCCUUGUCAGCUCCUUCACUUCCCGGACGUUGAAGGGAUGCUACCAAGCAUCACCUUUCAGACUUUAAACACUGCGUCAAUACUUCGCUUGAAACUUUCCUCUGACUGGGCUGUGAUACAUGAUUCGGGUAGGCGGUUCCAGCUAUUAACUACACGGGUAGAGAGAGUGGCGUCACCAUGGAUGCGUAACCUCCUCGGUCUUCACCAAGUUCGCCUCGGAGAAUGCGCCGGGUAUAUAUCAGAUCUCCUCGGUGACGACGGUAGGCCAGAGAGAAGAGAUUCAGCUGUUCCAGUCGAUCUUCGUAGGAAAGCUGGUGAAGUUUUGCAACUGUUUUCGUACCGCGACGUUGAACUCGCUCCAGCAUAUCGGAUUCGUACUUGGUCAAUGGGAAUACUGCAGGCAGUCCGUACUCAAGACGCAGGCCGCUAUCGUGUGGCUAAAGCUAACUAGCUACAUAUAAAGACGCCCUCUCUUUUAAAGAAACAAAACAAAAAGGCCGAAAAUGUUCGGUACUUCGAGGAUCGGUGGGGUUCGAGGAGGCCAGGACCAGUUCAACUGGGAUGACGUCAAGGUGGACAAACACCGAGAGAAUUAUCUGGGAAAUUCCCUCAAGGCUCCAGUGGGUCGAUGGCAAAAAGGCAAAGAUCUGACGUGGUACGCUAAAGACAAAACUGGUCGCACCAGGACGAAAGAAGAGGAGCUCGCUGCCGUCAAGGCUGCAGAACAUGAAGCAUUGAUGGCUGCCUUAGGUCACAAGGUUAUAAAGAGACAACCCACUGGACUGACAAAAGAGGACUUGGCAGAUAUAUGCAGACGAGAAGAUGAUGAAGGUGAAGAGAAAAAUGUGGAUCGGCUCUCCGGGUUGGGAAGUUCCGGCGCCGGCUCACGCAAAAUGGUCCUCUCCCAAAAGGAAAAAGAGGCUGUGAGAAUGGGCCUGCAGGUUUUUACACACCACAAGACUGCAAAUCGUCCAGAAACCUCAAUUGCGACACCUUCAGAGAGUGCCGAAAAAGAAGUAGUGGAGCCGCGUCAGGAGAGCAAGAAGAAAAAGAAAGAAAAGAAGAGCAAAAAGGAGAAAAAGAAGAAGAAGAAAAAGAGGCAGAGAAGCGACACAUCCUCUUCGGAUUCAGACGACGACAGAAAGAGAAGCCGUAAGGACCACCACCAUCCUAAUCCAUCAUACCGCAGUCAGAGUGGAGCCAGACCCUAUGACAGCCAUUCAAGGGGGGGACCAAAGGCACAGCAACAGCCCCCACGCCCCCAUCAGAGAGGGCAGCGCCACGACACAGACUCCUCCGACGGGGGGUCCCCUGUCCCCCGUAACCCCUCGGGCCACAAGACGGCCCCUGGCCGUGCCGCACAAAGCCGAAGGCGACGCCACGACACAGACUCGGACAGCUAAUGUGCUUCUGCGCCACCCGGGCUCCGCCCACUCACUCGCUCAUAAAGGCGCCCUUCAGAAGCUUGACCGCUCCUGAAGACCUCAUUUACCUUAUGGAGGCAUUUUUGUUGAUAGCCUUUUAUGACCGCCUCUUUGUUUUUUGUUUUAUCUCACAAUCACAACGAUUAAACGUUUAAAAUAUCAUUCAGCAUUAGCCUUUAGUUGUUUUCGGGUGCAUUACAAACGCCGAAUUAUAUCAAUCUCUAUUAUUUUAAACCGCUACAAAAGUUGAAAGGUUUCAAAAUGUUUGAUAUCCCUGUAUUGAAGUUAGCAAUAAGAUUGCCUACCGAAAUAUCAUGUACCUGAAAGCGAAAUGACGAGAAUGAAAAUGACUAACAAUCUAACGGAGUACUGUGACUUUUAUUUUACAGUGAAUAAAGCAUCCUUGUGCAGUUA